GUAAAUGGUAGGUACAUAAAUUUUUGCCAUUCCAAGAUCUUAUUUCCUAAUCUAAGCACGAGGUUAACAAAAAAAACUCUUAUUUGACUUUCUUUAGACGCACAUCACAUUUCCCUAAUAUGUUAAUGGAUUUUCCUGAUGAACUAGAGCAGAGUGAUAGUGGAAUGGAAUCAUUGACAGCUAGCAAAGAUGAUACCCCUGAGCGUAGACCCGAAGAAAUAUUUGUUACUCCUGCGCUGGGGUCGUCACCUACAGCUGAAGCCGGCGACAUAACUCCCUUCAUAUCGCUAAAAGAAUAUGACGACGAACCUGAUGAAACUUUAUCUGAAAGAUUGUGGGGACUCACAGAGAUGUUUCCUGAAUGUGUACGUAAUGGAACAUACACAGUUACAACAAAGACUUGGUCUGGUGUCAAGAAUAUGUACCAGUUAUCUCGAUCCGUAAUGUGGGUGGUAGCCAGUUCUUCAGUGAUUUUGUUUGCCCCUGUUAUAUUUGAAGUUGAAAGAGCACAAGUUGAGGAAAUGCAAAAGUCACAACAAAAACAGGUGCUGUUGGGGACAAAUACUUCUAUGACAGGACCUAUGCCAAGCAUGCCACCCAUGCCACGAUAAAUUAAACCAAAUUUUGACCUUUCUUUCCAUAGAUUGCACUUAUUAUUAGAUAUAAUAAUGUAAUGUAAUAUAGAUUUAAAAUCUAUUGUCAUGGUAACUGCAUUUUAUAUGUUUAUUCAUAUUUUAUGAACUCAGUUAAGAAAGAAAAACCUGGUAUGUAUAGCUCUGUCAAUAAAGAUGUAGGAAUGCCAUAUGUUAUGGUGAUUUCACUGUGCUAAGUAAGGUGUGUCUAAACCAAAACUGCAUAAUCCCUUAACAUAUUUUAGCUUUACAUGUUGAUGACAACUAUAUAUGAAUAUAUAUCGCCUAUUGUUGUGUAAUCUAAAAGUAGUUUCAAUUCUUAGUAAAUACUCUUUUAGUAAUACUGAUUAUGAUUAUAUUGAGUUCAUAAAUUAUAAUGUGUGUCUAUAUUAUAUACCCACAUGUUCCAAUGAAGGUAUUUUAAUUUAUAUGUUAUAUAUAUAUGUAUUUCUCUAUACCCGAAAGCAAAUUGAAUAUACAUAAUAAUUAUUUUGAAAUUGUAGAUAUUGUUUUGUUAGAACAUACAAUAAAAUACUUUAAAUCAAA